AGCAGCGGCGGCACCAUGGCGGCGGCGGCGGCGGCGCUGGCGGAGGGGAACCUGUUGCGCCAGUGCCCGUUGCUUUUGCCUCAAAACCGGGCGAAAACUGUGUAUGAGGGGUUCAUUUCGGCUCAGGGAAGAGAUUUUCACCUUAGAAUAUUGUUGCCUAAAGACUUAAAACUGAAGAAUGCAAGAUUACUAUGUAGUUGGCAACUGAGAAGCAUACUUAGUGGAUACCAUCAAAUAGUCAAGCAGAGAAUGCAGCACUCCCCUGAUCUAUUGAGCUUUAUGAUGGAGUUGAAAAUGAUUUUGGAAGCUGCUUUAAAGAAUAGACAAGAGAUAAAUGUGCUGCCUCCUCCUCCCCAUUUCUACACAAGCCUUGUUGAAGACAUGGAAACUCUUGGUUGGGAUAAACUUGUAUACGUGGAUUCUUGCUUUAGUACCAUCAAGUUAAAAUCAGAAGAUGUUUCUGGUAGAGAGCAUCUAAUCACUGUCAAGUUGAAGGCAAAGCACCCUGAGGAACCACCAGAUUGUUUUGUGGAUUUUCCUGUUCCAUUUUCUAUUUCUUGGACACCACAGAGCUCCUUAAUAAGCAUUCAUAGUCAGUUCUUGGCAGGAUUAGAAUCACUGAAGGCAUUCUGGGAUGUUAUGGAUGAAAUCGAUGAGAAGACCUGGGUGCUGGAGCCAGAAAAACCUACUCGGAGUGCGACAGCACGCAGAAUUGUAAUAGGGAAUAAUGCUUCCAUAAAUAUAGAGGUAGACCCCAGACAUCCUACCAUGCUUCCUGAGUGCUGCUUUCUUGGAGCUGAUCAUGUGGUAAAACCCCUGGGAAUUAAGCUGAGCAAGAACAUGCAUUUGUGGGAUCCAGAAAAUAGUCUGUUACAAAAUUUGAAAGAUGUUUUAGAAAUUGAUUUUCCACCUCGUACUAUUCUGGAAAAAUGUGAUUUUACUAUGGAUUGUGGAAUCUGUUAUGCUUAUCAACUUGAUGGUGCUAUUCCUGAUCAGAUGUGCAAUUAUUCCCAGUGUGGACAGCCUUUCCACCAAAUAUGCUUAUAUGAGUGGUUGAGAGGCCUCCCCACUAGUAGACAGAGUUUUAACAUUCUAUUUGGAGAAUGUCCAUACUGCAGUAAGCCAAUUACCUUGAAAAUGUCUGGGAGGAAACCCUGAAAUAAGAGUGUAAUAUUUCUGUGAAGAACUGGACACGUUAAAGUUGUCAG